ACGCACACACCACUUCCGAGUUCAUUUUCUCUCCGUUACGUUUAAUAUAUAAACGAUGUCUCCCCCAAAAUGAUUGUUUUUGUAUAAAAGCGCUUUGUAUUAUUCUCACGCCAAGGAACAUGUCAUCAACGCAAGAAACUCUCUUCUCACUGGAACUGCUGAUCGAUUGCGUUCGCUUUGACGGUUCACGUGGCAAUGUUUUGGAUCCUGCAUUAGCUGUUCGCUUCUUAGAUUUCCCCACACUGCUGAUAUACCAAUCAAAACAAGAGCAUCUUCCAUCUAAAUCGGGAUACGCUGAUCUGUGCCUAUCACCUGAGGCAAUGUCUCAACCCGAUGAUGGAGAACAUCUCAAGUAUUCCUUCCAUAAAGGCAAAUCGUGUCUUUUUCAAAUCAAUUUGCACGCGUUACAUACCCAUCUCCUGAACACCCCUCUCUACGCAAUGGUGUUGGAUGUAAAAGAUGAGAUUCCCAAACUUAUAGGAAGCUCGUUGAUAUCCCUCGCCAAAGUGACGGAGAAAAUCAAACUGGAUGUUGAUAAACACGGUAUUGGCAACCCAUCCGCUUAUGGAGAGAGACUGACCACCCCAAUUUGCAAUCUAAUGGGCAACAGCAUUGGUGUCAUUUCUCUGGCUUAUAAGAUUGUAAGUCUGGUAGCUCAUUUAAUUCCUCACAUCCCAGAAAACAGAGUCUAUGAAGUCGGUGGGACCCGUGGAAAAGGAGAAAAACACUGGUCAGUGCGUGCAAAAUGUAAUGAAAAAGAUGAGAUGCCACCAGAAGUACCUGAGAACCAUCCUGGGAAUGUCCUUUUACAACAAAUAAGCCUUGACGGACAAUCUACCGAUAUAUUGAUCUCAGGAGCAAAGCAGCCAGGGGUUCCAGCUUUUACUCAGACUGAACAGGCACAACAGAGGGUCUCAUGGUCUGAAGAUGCACAGGAAUACACCACAUUCUGCCCUCCACCUCUGUUUUACAGCUCCAGCGUGAAGAACCGACGGGAGAGGAAAAGCCUUACGGGGUUAUUUGCAGCAAUGGAGAGCCUUAAUAUAGAGGAUCCAGAAGAUGGAAAUAAUGAAGUAGAAUCAUCUGACAUGCGUGAUUUUGCAGAGAUGAUGGCUGUAAAGGCAGACGGAUCGAGCAAGUUAACUUCAACUCCAAAGUCGCAGCAACAUAAAGAGACGGACUCAGCUUCAUUUGGGGAUGUUAUCAGACAGUUACCCCUGCUGAACGCUUUACUAGUUGAACUCUCACAGCUGAACGUCCAGACGGCGCAGCAGCAGCAGCAGGCCUUAUCGGUUCAUCCUAACCUGGCGUGGUUGUACACAUCAGCACAGGAGCCAUCAGGAGUAAAACCCAAAGCUGAGAAUCAGAAAACAAACCCUAAACAGAGACUUGAUCAAUGCAAGAUGAAAGCAGUAAAGAGUGCAAAGAGAAGCAAAGAAAAAUUGCAACUUAAGAAGACGCUUAAAUACGGCUUGACAAACACUUUUCGUCUCAGACUCAAACUGGUCAAACCAGGUACCAAAAGGCAUGAAUGCAUCGAAUACCAGGAUGCAAAACAAGACCAGCCAUCAUCAUCUGACCAUAAACGUGUUCGUAAGGCAGCUAGAAGAGGUGUUUGUUCGGAUGAAACUGUUGAAACAUUAAUACGCAGUUUUGAUAUGCACCCAACACCAACUGAAACUCCAUCAAAAUCACAAACAAAACCAAGUAUUGGAAAACACAUCACAAGUGCGCCAAAUGAGGAACGUCAUUUGACUGAGAAAGACAAAAAAGUUCAAGUUCAUAUUCCAAGUCAGUAUUCAGAGUGCAGUGACCAGCAUUCAGCUUCAUCUAUUCAUGAUUCAAAUCUUGGCUUCCAGAGAGGAGAUAGUAGAGCGAGCAGUAAUGGCUCCUACGGACAAGAAGAGUAUCAGGAUGACUUCACGAGCCUAAACACAACCGAGGGAUACUCACCCGACCCCACGGUUGUUUCCAAAUCAGAGCCUUGA